AUGAAGCUCGCCGUAUUCAGCACAAAACCCUACGACAAGAAGUACUUGACGACUGUCCUCAGCGCCAAGCACGCCUCGUCAGGCAUCGAACUCGUCUUUCACGAGUUUGCCCUGAACGAGGAUACCGUCUCUCUUGUUGAGGGAGCCGAUGCCAUCUGCGUCUUUGUCAACGAUAUUGUCAACGACAACGUCAUCUCAGCCCUGUCAGAGUUUGGCAUAAAGGCUAUUUUGCUGCGAUGCGCAGGCUUCAACAAUGUUGAUCUCGAUGCGGCCCAGCGACUCCGCAUAAUGGUUGCCAACGUUCCGUCCUAUUCACCCGAGGCUGUCGCAGAGUUCGCCGUUGCUCUUAUUCAGACCCUCAACCGCAAGACACAUCGCGCUUAUAAUCGCGUUCGUGAAGGGAACUUUGCCCUCGAUGGUCUCCUCGGAAAGACACUCUAUGGCAAGACUGUCGGCAUCGUCGGCGUCGGAAAGAUUGGACUUGCUACUGCGCGCAUCAUGAAGGGAUUUGGUUGCAAAUUGCUCGCAUAUGACCCUUUCCCUUCACCAGCUUUCGAGGAGUUUGGCGAGUACAAAGAUCUCGAAGACCUUUUGCCUGAAUGCGAUAUCGUCAGUCUUCAUUGCCCACUCAUGGAGCAGACACGGCACAUAAUCAACAAAGAGUCGAUAUCCCUCAUGAAGGAGGGUGCUAUGCUAGUCAACACUUCGCGAGGCGGCCUGAUUGACACCGAGUCUGUCAUCAAUGCACUCAAGACAAACCAUAUCGGCGGCCUUGCGCUUGAUGUGUAUGAAGCAGAGGGUGAACUCUUCUACAACGACCAUUCGUCAUCAAUCAUUCAGGACGACAAGCUUAUGCGUCUCAUGACAUUCCCCAAUGUGGUCGUUUGCGGCCACCAAGCCUUCUUCACCGAGGAAGCUCUCACCGAGAUCGCCGAGUGCACCCUCAGCAACCUUGAAGAGUGGAUACAAACCAAGACGAGCAAGAACUCGCUCACCAAGGAUCUCAAGCUUCGACGCCGGGAAUCACUCCCUGUACGAGCCAUCUAG